GUGCGGGGGGCACGUUGCUCCGACGCGCGCGCGCGGGAGUCGCUCUAGGCGCUGUCUCGUUGGUCGCAAGCGCCCGCGGGGAGGCGGCGAUGCUGGCGCGGGGCGCGCUCGGGGCCGGGCGGCUCCUGCUGAGGAGCCCGCGGCGGGCGGUGUCCUCGAUGUCGGCGCUGCCCUUCAACACGGUGGUGCUGUUCGUGCCGCAGCAGGAGGCCUGGGUGGUGGAGCGCAUGGGCCGCUUCCACCGCAUCCUGGACCCCGGCUUGAAUUUCCUCAUCCCGGUGCUGGAUAAGAUCUGCUACGUGCAGAGCCUCAAGGAAAUCGUCAUCGAUGUCCCGGAGCAGUCGGCUGUCACCCUGGAUAACGUCACGCUGCAGAUCGAUGGUGUGCUCUACCUGCGCAUCAUGGACCCUUACAAGGCUAGCUAUGGGGUGGAGGACCCUGAGUAUGCUGUGACACAGCUGGCCCAGACCACCAUGCGGUCUGAGCUGGGCAAGAUCUCCCUCGACAAAGUCUUCCGGGAACGGGAAUCCCUCAAUGCCGGCAUCGUGGAUGCCAUCAACCAGGCUGCAGAUGACUGGGGCAUCCAGUGCUUGCGCUACGAGAUCAAGAACAUCCACGUGCCGCCCCGCGUGAAGGAGUCCAUGCAAAUGCAGGUGGAGGCAGAGCGGCGGAAGCGGGCGACGGUGCUGGAAUCGGAGGGGACGCGGGAGUCUGCUAUCAACGUGGCUGAGGGACACAAGCAGGCGCAGAUCCUGGCCUCCGAGGCCCAGAAGGCCGAGCAAAUCAACAAAGCCUCUGGAGAGGCCAGCGCCAUUCUGGUCAGAGCCAAGGCCAAGGCUGAGGCAAUUGAACUCCUGGCGGCUGCACUGACAAAACACAACGGCAACGCGGCCGCCUCCCUGUCGGUGGCCGAGCAGUACGUGAACGCCUUCUCCCACCUGGCCAAGGACACCAACACCAUCCUGCUGCCCGCCAACACCGGCGACAUCACCAGCAUGGUCACCCAGGCUCUGGGCAUCUACGGUGCCUUGACCAAGCCGCACGCUGUGAAGGCCCCGGAAGCAACGCUGCCUGCCUCCGACGUCCCGGAGCCCCCCAGCCAGGAGCUACCCGAGUCCCAGCAGCGCCAGGCCAGCUAGCAGCACCCGCCCUCCCCUCAAACACUCUCUUGUGUUUCCUUCCUGACUUUUUUUUUUGGAUUGAAUCAUGUAAUAAAGGAAGUGGCAGCGGA